GAAGUGUUGGUUGCGUAGUCAUCGCGAAAAGAUGUAGAGGGUUGGUUGAAGUGUUGAUCGAUGGAAAUGAUGUACAUUCCUUUUCAAGGUCUGGACGGGGGGGUGGGAUCGGAGGCAAUCAUGGACAUGUGUUUUCCAGGUAUAGAAGAGCGGGCUCGUCGGUAUAGAGGAUGGUGCAAUCCACGAUCGAUCGGUAUAUCUGAUAUAAUCUGGUCGAGUCUACUCUACCCAGCCAAACCCGAUUCGAUCCCAGUCUGAAUCCAAUCGAGUCUCAUCACAGAAUCUGAUUCAUUCCAUCUCCAACCAAUCCAAUCCAAUCCAAUCCAAUCCAGUCCAGUCCAAUCCAAUCUAGUCGUUCCAGUCCGGAUGAAGAAGGGAGGGAGGGUGUGUAAUGUGAUCACAGCAGGAGCAAUGGUGGGUGUAUAAUCUGAUCAGACGCGGACAAAUUAUUGUCGUCGAUGAUAGUCCAAUCGAGUGCAUGCAGGAAAUGAACGCCCCCUCCCCCACCCCCUCCUAUCGCGCCCCCGUUCAUCCGUAAUCCAAUCUGUCUAAUUCAAUCAAUCGUCGCCAUCAGGCCAAUCUAAUCAAUCAACGCUAUCAGGCUAAUCUAGUCAAUCGUCGUCAUCAGCCGAGUCCAAUCAAUCAUCGACGCUCCCGAAUCUUAAUGGUGGAUUGAACAGAAUGUUCAGCGGAGUUAGCAUAUCGAUCAACUGGAAGGGGGUAUCCGCUGUCAUGCAUCCGCUGCUAUCCUCUGGCAUUUCGCUGGGGUCAUCCUCGUCGUCAUCAUCUACAUCUCCAUCCUCACCGUCAUCAUCGUAUUCUCUGACAUCCUCAACGUCCGCUUUCUCCCCUUCUUCGCUCUUGUCACCGUCGAUCAGAGGAGGGGCGGUGAUGGAUGGAGAUGGCUCGCCGCCGGGGCCCGAGAGCUUGUCUGGUGUGCUUGGUCGACGGCCGGGAUCCCUGCGUCGGAUAAGCGUCGGAGGAGGAGGAGGAGGAGGAGGAGGAGGAGGCUCAACGACAUCAUCGCCGUCGUCAUCAUCAAGGGAUGAUGGAAGGAGCACUGAUUACAUGGCGAGAGGUGUGCGGAGAUGCAUUUCGUUCAGUGGAUUUGGGGAGGCAUGGUCUGCAUCCAGAUCACAUGGCUGGGUGGGACCCCGCUGGUGGAAUAAUGUUCAUGCAAAUCAAGAGAAUCUUGGUGGUCCUCCCAAUGAACAAUGGGUUCAUCCUCCUCGACAGGGGGUUGGGAUGCCAAGAAUUAGAUCUUUCCCUACUACCCCCUCUGCCCUGGAGCGUCCUGUCAGUUGGGAGGAUAUGGACUAUUCGUCCAACGGACUUGAUGUCAUUGCGACCGAUCCUGCGCUGGCAGCACAUCAAAAGCAUCUCAUGUCACGGUAUCGGUUAUUUCUGAGCACAAAAAAGAUGUAUGACGCUCACGAAGGCGGACUCGAAGAAUUUGCACGGGGUUAUGAAAAAUUUGGAUUCAAUCGAGAAGAUGGUGGAAUCGUAUACAAGGAGUGGGCGCCAGCUGCUCGUGCUGCGCAGCUCAUCGGUGACUUCAAUAAUUGGGAUGGAUCUAGCCAUUACAUGGAGAAGAAGGAGUUUGGUGUAUGGAGCAUUCAUAUUCCUGACAGAAAUGGUCGGUCAGCAAUACCUCACGGCUCACGUGUCAAGAUCCGGUUGCAAAAGGCAGAUGGUUCCUGGGUUGACCGGAUUUCUGCCUGGAUUAAAUAUGCUCUUCAGGAGCGAGGGAAGCUAGAAGGCACUUAUGACGGCAUUUACUGGGACCCCCCAAAGAAUGAGAGGUACAAGUUUAAAUACCGCCGACCACCACGACCAGCUGCUCCUAGGAUAUAUGAAGCCCAUGUUGGAAUGAGUUCGCCAGAGUGUAAGGUCGCGACAUACAGGUACUUCGCCGACACAGUGCUUCCCCGUAUAAAAGCCAAUGGGUACAAUACUAUCCAGUUGAUGGCAGUGAUGGAGCAUGCUUACUAUGCCUCCUUUGGAUAUCACGUUACAAAUUUCUUUGCGGUGAGCAGCAGAUCAGGAACGCCGGAAGACCUGAAAUACCUGAUCGAUAAGGCACACAAGCUGGGGCUGAGAAUCUUGAUGGACAUUGUGCAUAGUCAUGCCAGCAAGAAUGAGAAGGACGGACUUAACGGGUUUGAUUUUGGCCAAAGUUCUCGGGACUCGUACUUUCACACGGGGGAGAGAGGAUAUCACCGCUUAUGGGAUAGCCGCCUUUUCAAUUACAACAAUUGGGAGGUGCAGAGGUUCUUGUUGUCGAAUCUGAGGUGGUGGAUGGAAGAGUAUGGAUUCGAUGGCUUCCGAUUCGACGGUGUGACAUCCAUGCUUUACCAUCACCAUGGGAUUAACCGGUCAUUUACCGGAGAUUACCGCGAGUACUUUGACUGGACCACAGAUGAGGAAGCAGCAGUGUAUCUCAUGCUUGCGAACGAUCUAAUUCAUCACUUGUAUGACGAGGCAACUACAAUAGCGGAAGAUGUUUCUGGGAUGCCGACAAUCGGUCUUCCGGUGCAGGUCGGGGGGAUUGGUUUCGACUAUCGGCUUGCAAUGGGGAUACCCGACAAGUGGAUCUACCUAAUGAAGAACAAGAGAGAUGAACACUGGAGCAUGCAAGAGAUUGUCAAGGCAUUGACAAAUCGGCGCUACACGGAGAAGGUUGUUGCGUAUGCGGAGAGCCAUGACCAGUCGAUGGUGGGAGACAAGAGCUUUGCCUUCAUGCUUAUGGACAAGGAAAUGUACUCAGGCAUGUCCGAUCUGGCACCAGCGUCUCCUGCAGUCGAUCGGGGGAUUGCACUGCAUAAGAUGAUCCACCUGAUUUCCAUGGCUCUUGGAGGAGACGGGUAUCUGAAUUUCAUGGGGAAUGAGUAUAUGUACCGCUUCGAUCAAGCAAUGAAUGAACUGGAGGAAAGGUACCACUUCCUAUCGUCGCAGCUUCAGGUUGUGUCGUCCGCAAAUGAGAAGGAGAAGGUGAUCGUCUUCGAGCGAGGAGAGCUCGUAUUUGUAUUCAACUUUCAUCCGUCAUGCACAUACUCAGACUAUAAGGUGGGCUGUGAGAGGCCAGGAAGAUACCGAAUAGCCCUGGACAGUGAUGCCAGAGAGAUGGGCGGGAAAGGAAGGCUGAUAAUGUUGCUGCUGGCGGUCAUUGCGGUCGUUAUCUUGGUUUUGGUGGUCGAGGAACACUUCGUGAUCGCCUUCCUUCGGAUAUGGGUCGUGUUCGUCGGAGAGGCCGCUUUCGUCGUGCCCGCCCUCAUUGUGGUGAUCGCGCUUGUUUGUGUGACGGGGCAUGAUGAGUUCCUCAUGAUCACCCUCAUCGGGGCACUUGUCCUGCCCGCCUUGAUCGUGGUUCACGCUGAUAUUGGAACCUGCCUUCCCCCCCUGAAUGCACCAAACGGCAUAGGCGGUCAGGUUUAUUUUCGGCACCCAGAAGCCGAGGAUCUGAAACGCGAAGAAGAGGGGAGACUGUGGCAACGCUGGAGGGGUUAUUCAGAUGCAUCUGGACACAGCUUGGAGAACGGCGGCACGGACAGCACCAUGGGGGAGGACGACGAUUCCGACGAUGGGGACUACUUCAGCGAGGGCUACGAAGCGCAGUAUGUAUAUGGACAGCAUAUACGUUCUCAUUCCUAUGAAGCGCAGAAUGUAUUUGGGCAGCAUAUGCGUUCUCAUUCCUCUGAAGCAGAGGACGUAUACGGGCAGCAUAUACGUUCUCGUUCCUAUGAAGUGCAGAAUGUGUAUGGGCAGCACCAACAACAGCAGCAGUGCCAGCAGCAGCAGCAGCAGCAGGAGCAGGAGCAGGAGGAGCAGGAGGAGGACGACUUCGUGAUGAGUACGGCCUGGGAUUAUAUGCCAUCAGCUGCAGAGGGAUGUGAUCAGCUCAGUGGAGAAAGGUCUGAGCAGGAGCUAGUUGCAAUGAUGGAUAAGGUGGAGAUAGAGGAAAGGGGGGAAAUGGAGGGGAUGGAGGGGGAGAUGGAGGGGGGGAUGGAGGGAGGUGUGGAGGGGGAGGAGGGGAUGGUCUGCGAAGAGCAGGGUCAGGAUCUACCUCGAUCGGUCGAAGAAUCUCCCAAGGGUUAUUGGAGAUAUGGCGAUGAAGAGAGCAAUUGGGAUGAAGAAGGGGGGGAGGUGGUUGGGUUUGUCUACCCCUGGGUGCCUUAGACAAAAGAAGAAAUCCAACGGUCAGUUGGGUAGGUACAUCUACGGUCAGAAGGAGGUACCAAGGUCAAGAUCCAACUCAACCAGUUCGAGCAUCUCUCAGAGGCAAUUGGACUGAUGGCGGUGAAGAGGGCAAGCGGGAUGAAGAGGGGGAGGCGGUUGGGCACCUUAGACAGAAGAAGAAAUCCAACGGUCAGUUGGGUAGGUACAUCUACUAUCGGGAGCGGUGAACAUUGUGAAUACAGUAGACCAGAUACAGACAGAACUUUUGUAGAAGUAUAUGUGAUGAGCCUUUAUUUCCAUGGCCAUCGUCGUUUCUUCAUCCUUCCUUCAUCAUGAUCUCCUUUUUUUGCCAUCGUGUCUCAUUUGUUCAUUGUCUCCGCCUGUCUAGUACUCCCCCCGGCCUUUCCUCCUGGGCUUGUGGAGGGUCUCUUUCCGUUUCUGUCGUUGCUUUUUCAUCUGUCUUUCGUCCUCCAUUGCCGUGUUGCACUUGCUCAUCGUUUCAGCAUUCAGCAUCCCCUUUUUCACUUGAUGCCAUCGUGUCUCAUUUGUUCAUAGUCUCCGCGUGUCUGGUACUCCCCCAGCCUUUCCUCCUGGGCUUGCGGAUGGUCUCUUUCUGUUUCUGUCGUUGCUUUUUCAUCUGUCUUUCAUCCUCCGUCGUCGUGUUGCACUUGCUCAUCUGUUUCAGCAUUCAGCAUCCCCUUUUCCACUUUAUUUUUGUGUUUCCUCUUCUUCCUUUUUUGGUCCUGUUGUUUCUCUCUCUUCCUCUCAUUGUUUCUUUUCUUUUUUUCUUUUUUUCUCUUUUGUUUGUUUUUUUGCUUCUAUUGUUUUGGUGAAUCCUUGCUAUGUUUCCAUGUACGUCGUGUGUCAUCUUGGUUGGAGCAGCAAUCUUGCAGCUUUGCCUCCCUGUUUGUCCCUCUUUCUCGGCGGUUCAGCUUCCAGGGAUCGAUGAUCGAUGAUCGAUAUUGCUGCUUGAGCUGCGAUUGGUUAACGUCUUUUUUACCUUUUUAAGAAACGAUAUAGUGUAGUGUGCGAGGAAGAGACGUUCACCACUCCAUGCUCUCUUUCAAGACAGAAGGUUUGUGUGUAGCGGCAGGUGUGUCCUUCCUGUUUUUCAUUUCUAGUCGUAUCUCUUUUGUUGUCGAGACGGAAUGCCAAUGUCCGCUUCAACGGUCAAUCAAAGAGUGACUGUGGGAGGAAGAAGAGUGGAUGAAGCUCUCAGUGGCACUCCAAGAAAAUCUCCGAAAGAUGGGAGCUCUCAGAAACCUAAGACGUUUCUGGAGAGUUCAGCAACAUCGCGAGAUGACAUGUCGUGGAGCUCCCCACGAUGGAUGGACCUCUCCAGUCGUUGGGUACAUGGUGGUGUGAGGAUGCUUGUGCGUAAGCAAUGUCCAACGCGG